AAAUGAAAUAAAAGCCAAAUUAAUAACAAACACAAAAACUAAAUCAAAUACAACUUAAAUAUACUAGUCAAUGCCCCAAAUUGCGGCGGCAUUGCGAGAGAAACGAACGAACAUCAAGGGUCACUAAGCCGCCUGCACAGUGUGGGGUUUUCUGUACCGUUGUGCCACUGCAGCCCCAGUUGCUGGCAUGGGCGCCAACGUCUCGCAGCUGGAGCGCGAGAUCGGGACGGAUCUCUUUCCGCCCAAUGAGCACUACUUUGGGCUGGUCAACUUUGGGAAUACCUGCUAUAGCAAUUCGGUGCUGCAGGCCCUCUACUUUUGCAAGCCCUUUCGCGAAAAGGUCCUCGAGUACAAGGCCAAGAAUAAGCGGCCCAAGGAGACGUUACUCUCAUGUCUGGCCGAUCUCUUCUAUAGCAUUGCAACGCAAAAGAAAAAGGUCGGUUCCAUAGCACCCAAGAAGUUCAUAACACGUCUGCGCAAGGAGAAGGAGGAAUUUGAUAAUUAUAUGCAACAAGAUGCUCACGAGUUUCUUAAUUUUCUAAUUAACCAUAUCAACGAGAUCAUUCUGGCCGAACGCAAUGCAGGACCCGUGAAUUCUAAUAACAAUGGCAACAAUGGCCAUGGCAAAUCUGGAGCAGGAGGAGGAGCAUCUGGUGGCACUUCAGGAGUUCAUUUGCCUGGCAGUAAAUCCAAUUCAUCUCAUUCCAAUUCGACAACCAAUUCAACAAACUCCAAUUCGAAUUCCAACUCCAAUUCAACCACUACCAAUGGCAAUAGCAGCAACUCCACGGGUUCCUUAAACGGGACGACCAGUGUGCUUGAUGGCAGCGGCAUUCUAACGGCCACAACCACGCCCGUUCUUCCAACGACCAAUGGGGCCAAUUCGGAGCCCACCUGGGUGCAUGAGAUCUUCCAGGGGAUACUAACAUCGGAGACGCGUUGCCUUAACUGUGAGACCGUCAGUAGCAAGGAUGAGAACUUUUUCGAUCUUCAGGUGGAUGUCGAUCAGAACACUUCGAUAACUCAUUGUCUGCGCUGCUUCAGCAACACGGAGACUCUUUGCUCGGACAACAAGUUCAAGUGCGACAAUUGCUGCAGCUAUCAAGAGGCCCAGAAGCGUAUGCGUGUUAAGAAAUUGCCCAUGAUAUUGGCUUUGCAUUUGAAGCGUUUCAAGUAUAUGGAGCAAUUUAAUCGCCACAUCAAGGUCUCACAUAGAGUUGUCUUUCCGCUUGAGUUGCGGCUAUUCAAUACAUCGGAUGAUGCUGUCAAUCCGGAUAGACUAUACGAUCUAACCGCCGUGGUCAUCCACUGUGGCUCUGGACCGAAUCGUGGCCAUUAUAUUAGCAUUGUCAAGAGCCACGGCCUGUGGUUGCUGUUCGACGAUGAUAUGGUCGAUAAAAUUGAAGCCUCUACCAUUGAGGACUUCUAUGGCCUCACCUCGGACAUACACAAGUCCUCGGAAACGGGUUAUAUAUUGUUCUAUCAGUCGCGGGAUUGCGCCUAGACACACAUUUAAUUAUCAGUUUUUUUUUUUUUUUUAUAUAUUUUUCGUUUUUGCAUUUGCCUAUAUGUUUGUAGAAUGUUAAGCGAAAAGUUUUUCUCAUUUUGAUGACUCUUAAUACAAAAUAAAUAAUAAUAAAUAAUGAAUAAAAUAUG